UCUCAAUAACUGGACAUGGAGAUUAAUCCCAAUGUGAUAAAGUAUGCUAUUCAUACUAGAUUAGGACAUCCUCCAAAAAUUGAGUCGGCAGUUAAUGUGUCUUAGCAGUGACUAAUGAAAUAUGCUUGUCAAAUACUCUGAACUACCACUGAUGAUAGAAUGUGAUAAUCCAUGUUGGUGCAUGGAUGAAACCACUUUUUCACAUAUAGAGUAUAAAGUUUUUUUUUGUUUCCAGAAGAUUUGACUGAUACAUAUUGAUGUCUUCUCAUCACUAAAUUGUUAACCAGUGUCUGACAUAUUUUGAAUUUGUAGUACAUCACAAAAUAAGCAUGCAAGAACAUAGUUUUUCUUUUUGCACUGUAUUUUCAACACCUCUGAAAUUGCAUUCAGAGAAAACAAAAUCCGUUCAUAUCAGCUUAUGAAGUUAAAAUAUCUUUACCAGGAGACAACCUACCAUUAUAUAAUUUUGAAAUAUGUCUUUUGAGUAUUUGGAUUUUCGAAUAUUGGAAGAGAAAGACCAUACAUUGGUUUGGAAUUUAAUGUUGGAGGAAUAUUUCACACGAGAACCUGUUUGUGCGGUUUCAAAUUUUUCACCAGAUGAAACUAAAAUGUAUGUUGGAGACUUUGUCAAUGAUGGCCUUUGGCAACACGCAAGCUUGGGAGCAUUUGACAAACAGUCUCACAAAUUGGUAGCAAUUCAAAUAAAUAUACUUGGAAAGAAACCAAGAAAAUAUCUCGAUUAUGAUGAAAAUGGAUAUCCUAUGCAUAUUAUGGAUCAUAUUGCUGGAGAUACCUCUGACAUUAUUGGGACGACAGACUACAUGAACUUUAUUGUACUGUGCUGUAGAAAAAGUUACUGCAAUCGUGGAAUUGCAACUGAACUAUACAAAAGAUCCGAAGAAAUUGCAAGGAAUGAAGGGUGCAAAAAGAUGUAUACAAUAGCAACAAACUGUUAUACCCGCAAAAUAACAGACAAAUUUGGUUAUACAGUAAUAAACGAAAUGAAUUACGAAGACUAUGUAGACACAUUCACAGGGAAUAAGAUUUUCAACAAUAUUGCCAAACCUCACAGUAAUAUUGCACUGGUUGUAAAAAUAUUAUAGCAUUACAUACAUCACACUGGGAUCUCACAAAAGAGU